ACUGGAAAUGGUGUCAUACACGUGAUAGACCGUGUUCUUUUCGAGCCACCAGUAAUUCAGCCGGGUCCUGGAACACCAGAUGAUAGUCAAGUACAACAACAACCCCAACUUCCUGAAAAAUCUCUAUCUGGUCAGUCAAAUAUCCCAACAACGGGUCCUUCUUCUGAACAGGAACAUCCCCAACCAGGUCAUGAAGUACCACCUUCUGGUCAGCCAGAGAAACCACCAUCUCAGGAAGUUUUUGUAAGAAUCGAUGGUGGUCAAGUACCUUCUCCACCAAGACUGGAAGUUGAAGGUGGUCUUCCACCAACAAAUACAAUCCUUCAGGUCAUUAAGAUGCCUGGUCUCAAUGUUCAAGGCCAACCAGUUGGUCUCACCAUCUUUUACGAACUCCUUCAAACAUCGGGUUUGCUGGACAUGCUUAAUGAACAAGGACCUUUCACUGUGUUUAUCCCAAAUGACGAUGCCUUUGCUAAUCUUCCUGCUGGAGUUCUGGAGGAACUCCGUAAUAAUCCAGAGUUACUGCGACGUGUACUUCUCAGCCAUGUAGUUAAUCGUUCUCUCAACCCAAAAACUCUACAGAACAACAUGAUUGUUGAAACGAAUAACAACCGUCGGCUCUUUGUUAACGUUCUUAAUGAUGGGAAGUUAAUCUUGAUUGGAGGAUCAAAUCUGGUUGCGUCAACUUUGGCUCAAAAUGGAGAAGUGUACGUCAUCAAUGGCUUGAUCUACCCAAUUCCGGGAUUGGAUAUCUUCACCGAACUAAAGGAACACUCCAAUCUCAGCCAGCUAUUGUCCUUAAUCGUGAAAUCUGGACUACAAGAAACCCUUCACAGAAAUGGACCCUACACUGUAUUUGCCCCAACAGACGCAGCUUUUGAAGCACUUCCAAAAAGUGUUUUGCAAGACUUGUUGUCCAAUCCAGACGCUUUACAAGAACUAAUAAUGAAUCAUGUUGUAGAGGGCGUUCACUAUGAGAAAGAGUUCACCAGUGGUUUCAAUAUCCCGACGUCUCGUGGCAAGCAGCUGCAGUUUUUCGUGACAUCAGAUGGAGUUUACAGAGUCAACGACGCCAACAUACAGGAAUCUGACAUCUCUACUGGAAAUGGUGUCAUACACGUGAUAGACCGUGUUCUUUUCGCGCCACCAGUAACUCAGCCGGGUCCUGGAACACCAGAUGAUAGUCAAGUACAACAACAACCCCAACUUCCUGAAAAACCUCUAUCUGGUCAGUCAAAUCUCCCAACAACUGGUCCUUCUUCUGAACAGGAACAUCCCCAACCAGAUCAUGAAGUAUCAACUUCUGGUCAGCCAGAGAAACCACCAUCUCAGGAAGUCUUUGUAAGAAUCGAUAGUGGCCAAGUACCUUCUCCACCAAGACUGGAAGUUGAAGGUGGUCUUCCACCAACAAAUACAAUCCUUCAGGUCAUUAAGAUGCCUGGUCUCAAUGUUCAAGGCCAAUCAGUUGGUCUCACCAUCUUUUACGAACUCCUUCAAACAUCGGGUUUGCUUGACAUGCUGAGUGAAAAAGGACCUUUCACUGUGUUCAUCCCAACUGACGAUGCCUUUGCUAACCUUCCUGCUGGAGUUUUGGAGGAACUCCGAAAUAAUCCAGAGUCACUGCGACGUGUACUUCUCUGCCACGUAGUUAAUCGUUCUUUAAACAGACAAACUCUACAGAACAACAUGAUUGUUGAAACCAAUAAUGGCCGUCGGCUUUUUGUUAACGUUCUUAAUGGCGGAAAGCUGAUCUUGAUUGGAGGAUCCAAACUGACUGCUUCGACGUCGGUUCAAAACGGUGAUGUCUACGUCAUUAAUGACUUGAUCUACCCAAUUCCGGGAUUGGAUAUCUUCACGGAACUAAAGGAACACCCCAAUCUGAGCCAGCUGAUGUCCUUAAUCUUGACAUCUGGGCUUCAAGAAACUCUUCUUGGAAAUGGGCCCUAUACCAUAUUUGCACCAACAGAUACAGCCUUUGCAGCAGUUCCAGACAGUGUUUUGCAGGAAUUGAUGUCCAAUCCAGAUGCCUUACAAGAACUUAUAAUGAAUCAUGUUGUAGAGGGCGUUCACUAUAAGAAAGAGUUCACCAGUGGCUUUAUUCUCCCGACAUCUCGUGGCAAGCAGCUGCAGUUUAUUCUGCCACCAGAUGGAGUUUACAGAGUCAACGACGCCAACAUACAGGAAUUCGACAUCUCUACUGGAAAUGGUGUCAUACACGUGAUAGACCAUGUUCUUUUCGCGCCACCAGUAACUCAGCCGGGUCCUGGAACAUCAGAUGAUAGUCAAGUACAACAACAACCCCAACUUCCUGAAAAACCUCUAUCUGGUCAGUCAAAUCUCCCAACAACCGGUCCUUCUUCUGAACAGGAACAUCCCCAACCAGGUCAUGAAGUAUCAACUUCUGGUCAGCCAGAGAAACCACCAUCUCAGGAAGUCUUUGUAAGAAUCGAUAGUGGUCAAGUACCUUCUCCACCAAGACUGGAAGUUGAAGGUGGUCCUUCUCAAAGAAAUAAAAUCCUUCAGAUCAUUAAGAUGCCUGGUCUCAAUAUUCAAGGCAAAUUAGUUGGUCUCAGCAUCUUUUACGAACUCCUUGAAACAUCGGGUUUACUAGACUUGCUUAGGGAGGAAGGUCCUUUCACUGUGCUCGUCCCAACUGAUGAUGCUUUUGUUAACCUUCCUGAUGGAGUUUUGGAGGAACUCAGGGAUAACCCAGAGUUACUGCGGCGAGUACUUCUAACCCAUAUUUUAGGCCUUUCUCUCAACCCUCAAACCCUUCAGAACAACAUGGUUAUAGAAACUAAUAAUGGUCUCCAGUUAUUUAUUAAGGUUUUGAAUGAUGCAAAGAAAAUCUUAAUAGGAGGAGCCAAAUUAAUUGCAUCAACAGUUGCACAAAACGGCUACGUCUACGUUAUCAACAAUGUUAUCUAUCCUGUACCUGAUGUAGAUAUCUUUGCAGUUAUUAAAAUCCGCCCCAACUUUAGCCAACUGUUGAAUUUAAUUGAAACAUCAGGACUAGAAGAAACACUUCAUGGAAAUGGAUCUUUCACAUUCUUUGCACCGACAAAUGAAGCAUUUGCGGCAAUCCCACAAGAUGUGCUACAGAAUUUAUCAUCUGAUUCAAAAGCCUUGCGAGAGGUACUACUAAAUCACGUGGUAGAUGGCGUUCAUUAUAAAAAGGAAUUUAUCAGCAACUAUGAACUCCAAACUUCUCGUGGUAAACCAUUACGAUUUUUGGUGGCAUCAGAUGGUUCAGUUAAAGUUAACGACGCCAAUAUCGUCGAAUACGACAUUUCAACGGGAAAUGGAGUCAUCCAUUUCAUUGAUCACGUUCUUUUCACACCACAAUCAUCACCCGAGGUUGGUGUUAGAACACUUGUGGUUAGUCAAGAACAACGUCCAUUAUCACCGCAAGAAUCCGUAACACCUAAUACUGAUCGAACAACUCACCCUUCAACUACUGGCCAGUCACAACAUCCAGGACCUAUAGAAGGUUCUGUAAGUCCUCAUGGUGGUCCAGUCCCCUCUUUACCUGAACUCAAGGCGGGAGGUGUUACUAUUCCUUCAACCAAAAACACCAUCGUUCAGAUUAUUGAAAUGCCCGAUCUUGAUGUUCAAGACCAGCCAGUUAGCCUGUCCAACUUUAAUGACUUGAUUCAAGUGUCGGGUCUGACAAACUUGAUAAAUCAACAAAAACCUUUCACUGUACUCGUUCCAACUGAUGACGCUUUUUCGAGACUUCCCGAGGGACUUGUGAAGGAACUCAAAAAUAACACUGAGCUUCUGCAGCGCGUACUUCUCUUCCAUAUCAUAAACUUCUCCAUCAACCCACAGAGCCUUCAAAAUAACAUGGUUAUAGAGACAAACAACGGCCGCCGGAUAUUUAUUAAUGUUCUCGACGGUGGAAAGAACGUCUUGGUUGAAGGAUCAAAGGUAAUAGCUUCAACACCAGCCCUAAAUGGUUACAUUUACAUUAUCACUGGAUUCAACUACCCAUUGCCAUCGGUUGAUAUAUUCACAGAACUUAAAAGCCACCCCAGCCUAGCUCGGUUAGCAACAUCAAUUGUGCGGGCAGGACUAGAAGAAACACUUACUGGAGAAAGUCCAUACACAAUUUUUGCUCCGACAGACGAAGCUUUUGCUGCUCUUCCAGAGAAUGAUCUACAACAGUUAUUGGUUAAUCCGGAGGCUUUAAAAGAAGUGAUACUUAAUCAUUUGAUAGAGGGCGUUCACUACCAAAACGAAUUCAAGAACGAAUUAACUCUUCCAACAGCUCGAGGACAAAACCUUCGAUUUCUUUUGGCCUCAGAUGGGACAGUAUCCGUUAAUGACGCCAAAGUUAUCAAGGCUGACAUUUCCACAGGGAAUGGCGUCAUUCACGUAAUUGAUCGCCUUCUCGUAACGUCACCGGAUGUAGACGUUUUUGAUAACCGUUCUCCAGAUUCUGUAAGUGGUUCACAGGCCAAGGCAAACAUUGCUGAACUGGCACGUGGAAUGGGAGUGGAAACUUUCUUUAGUUGGCUGACAGAAACCGGACUGGACAACGUCAUACAAGAUGGAGGAGAAUACACAGUGUUUGCACCUACAAAUGAAGCUGUAGCCUCGCUUCCAGAGACCAUUCAAACGUCAGUUCGGGAUAACCCAGAUCGUCUUCGCCCAAUUGUUAAAUAUCACAUAUCUCCAUCAAUAAUUCAACCAAACCAGACCCAAAAUGAGCAGACUGUGACAACUCUGGCUCAGGACAAAAAUAUACGGUUCAACUACUAUCAGAAUGGAAGUUUAAUAACGGCAGGUGGGGCUACCAUCGGCGAUAUCAGACGAUUCGGUAAUAUAGUAAUAAUUGUCAUCAACCGUGUGCUCUAUGGACCGCAAGGAAACAUCAACACCAUUGUUUCCAGUUCUCCUAUCCUCAAGGACUUAAGUCGGUUCAUCGAGUUGAUUGAUCUUCAAGAUCACUUACAAGCCACCUCUCUAGACAUUCUGUUUCUGCUGACCCCGUUGACCUGA